AUGGAAAAAUUUAAUCACACUGUGACUAAGUUCAUCCUGGUGGGUUUUACCCAGGAUCCUGUCAUGCAACUGGUGCUCUUUGUGUUUUUUCUCAUUGUGUAUUCUCUAACAGUAGUGGGGAACAUCACUUUGAUAGUCUUAAUUUGUGCAGACUCCAGGCUACAUAGCCCUAUGUAUUUCUUCAUUGGGAACCUGUCUUUUUUAGAUCUCUGGUAUUCUACUGUUUAUACCCCCAAAAUUAUAAUGACCUGCAUUUCUGAGGACAAGAGUAUCUCUUUUGCUGGGUGUGUGGCUCAGUUCCUCUUCUCAGGCGGACUGGCAUAUAGUGAAUGCUACCUGUUGGCCGCCAUGGCAUAUGACCGCUAUAUGGCCAUUUCCAAACCACUACUCUAUGCUCAGACCAUGUCUACAAGGGUCUGUGUGGGUCUUGUUGCAGCUUCAUAUGUUGGAGCUUUCACUAACUGUGCAAUCAUUACCCAUGAAACAUUCACUAUGUCUUUCUGUGGGGAUAAUGUCAUUGAUGACUUCUUCUGUGACCUACCACCCUUGGUGAAGCUGGCAUGUGAUGUGAAGGCCAGUUACCAAAUUUUGCUUUAUUUCCUCUUGACUUCUAAUGUAAUAACUCCCACUGUCUUCAUCUUGGCCUCAUACAUGUUCAUUAUUUGUGCCAUCUUGAGGAUUCGCUCUACCCAAGGCCGCCUCAAAGCCUUCUCUACUUGCUCCUCCCAUUUGAUCUCUGUUACCUUGUAUUAUGGCUCUAUUCUUUACAUUUAUUCUCGCCCAAGUUCCAGUUAUUCUCUACAACGUGACAAAAUUGUCUCCUCAUUUUAUACUGUCGUCUUCCCUAUGUUGAACCCCAUGAUCUACAGUCUGAGGAACAAAGAUGUGAAAGAAGCCCUGAAGAAACUCUUCAAGAUGCCAGCUUCCUAA